AUGAUACGUCUGGGGCUUUUGAGAAGGUUCCACAUACUUAUACCUACACAAGGGAACUUUAAGAACAAACUGAAUGUGGCUACCAAGUAUGGAACAAUCAAAAAGACCCUGUCCAAGACCCAACUGAAAAAGAUACAGAAACAAGAUGAUGCUAAACUUAUGGCUAAGAACAAGAAGCAACUGGCUCCAGCCGCUGCACUAAAACUGGCUAAAAGUAUUCUCAACAGUGAUUCCUUGGAUCGGGUAGAUCCCACGGUAAAAUUAAGUUUACAAGAUCUUCAAAGCCUAUAUCAGAAUCCUAAUCGAAGAUUAUUGUAUAACUUUCUGGGGACUUCCGGCGACCAAUUGAACGAUUCAUACGUGGUUGAAAAAGAUGUUUUGAAGCUCCUAGAGCGUGAUGACUUGCCGAGGGCUCUGUAUUUGGUCAGACUCGCCAAGGAUAAUGGUAUCGUUGGAAUGAACAGGAUUAUGCACUAUUUGUUGAAACGAGAUAAAAUCAGCUUAACAUUUCAAUUGAUUGCACUGCGUAAGAAAUGGGGUGUUGCAACUAACAGCUUAACAUACACGAUAAUUUUUCAAGGUUGUGCGAAAGCAGAGUCUAACUUGAACUUGGCUCAAUCAAGGCAACUCGUUGCAUUGUUGCAAAAAGCUCACAAAGAUAGACUAGCUAACGUCAUUCACUUGAAUGCUCUGCUUGAUGCACUUUUAAAGUCCGAGAAACUUCCCUUGGUAUGGGAAGUAAAGGAACUGUUCAUAGAUACUCUACCAAAGAUAGAGCCCGAUGCAAUCACAUAUACCCUACUAUUCAAGGCUCUGGGAAAAUCAGAAAACAACAAAGAAGCUUUAGAAACGGCUAAUUCUCUAUGGGAGGAAAUUGUACAUAACAGGAAGGUCAAGAUAGAUUCGUACUUGGCUAGGGCCUACGCCUUGCUGUACUUGAGGUCAAAAAAUAUUGAGUUGAUAAAACGUGGAAUAAUAAUCCUGCGAUCGUACUACGACGUGUGUCCUGUUAAUGAGGUCGAAAAUAUUUCCAUGAAGCCUCCUAAAAAGGCUACCACUGUGCCUGUAUUGCUUCCUGUUGACACCAUAAACCCUAGAAAAUUACGUUUUCAACCUGAUAAAGCUGUGGAAGAAAUCUUGCAGCAUUCAUACAUGAGAUUGACGAAAUAA